AAGCAGAAAGUGAGAGCACACUGGAGACUGAGCGCAGAGGCAGAGAGAGGGAGACAGAGAGAAAGCCAGAGCAGGAGGGUGUGCGGAGCAGAGCCAGAGCUUAGAGGGACCCGGUGAGGGCGGGUGCAGGCAGAGGCAAAGCCAGUGACCGCAGGCACCUGCGACCCAGGAUCCCAGGGUACCACAGGAGUUCAGCGGAGCACCGGGCGACUUGCCAAGAGGUGGUGCGGAGCUGGGAGUGACCGCUCUCCCAGGUGCUCGCCGCCGGUGGUGAGGUGACCCAGAGUCCAAGUGGUUCUGCACCCAGGUGCUCGCCUGGGAGGUGGCGCGGGGCUCCGGGUGCCUGCGUCCCUAGGUGCUGGCCCAGGAGGUGGCGCGGGGUUUUGGGUUGCUGGACGCCCUCCGGGUAGCCAUGGCGACGGGAGCCAGGGGUCUCUGGGCGUCCGUGUCGCCGAGGGGCUGAGCCGGCAGCAGGCUGCGCCAUGGCGGCGCGGGGUUGCGGGCCCUGAGCGCCAGCUGCGGGCGCGCACCAUGAACUCGUGGGACGCGGGCCUGGCGGGACUGCUGGUGGGCACGAUCGGCGUGUCGCUGCUGUCCAACGGGCUGGUGCUGCUCUGCCUCCUGCACAGCGCUGACAUUCGCCGCCAGGCGCCGGCGCUCUUCACCCUCAACCUCACGUGUGGCAACCUGCUGUGCACCGUGGUCAACAUGCCCCUCACGCUGGCCGGCGUCGUGGCACAGAGGCAGCCGGCCGGGGACCGCCUGUGCCUCCUGGCCGCCUUCCUCGACACCUUCCUGGCCGCCAACUCAAUGCUCAGCAUGGCCGCGCUCAGCAUCGACCGCUGGGUGGCUGUGGUCUUCCCGUUGAGCUACCGUGCCAAGAUGCGCCUCCGUGAUGCGGCGUUCAUGGUGGCCUACACGUGGCUGCACGCGCUCACCUUCCCGGCCACCGCGCUCGCCCUGUCCUGGCUCGGCUUCCACCAGCUAUAUGCCUCCUGUACGCUGUGCAGCCGGCGGCCGGAGGAGCGCCUGCGCUUUGCUGUCUUCACCAGCGCCUUCCAUGCGCUCAGCUUCCUGCUCUCUUUCAUCGUACUCUGCUUCACGUACCUCAAGGUGCUCAAGGUGGCCCGCUUCCACUGCAAGCGCAUCGACGUGAUCACCAUGCAGACGCUCGUGCUGUUGGUGGACAUCCACCCCAGUGUGAGGGAGCGGUGUCUGGAGGAACAGAAGCGGAGGCGACAGCGUGCCACCAAAAAGAUCAGCACCUUCAUAGGGACCUUCCUCGUGUGCUUUGCCCCCUAUGUGAUUACCAGGCUGGUGGAACUCUUCUCCACAGCACCCAUCGGCUCCCACUGGGGUGUGCUGUCCAAGUGCUUGGCCUACAGCAAGGCUGCCUCUGACCCCUUCGUAUACUCCUUGCUUCGACACCAAUACCGUAGGAGCUGCAAGGAUCUUCUGAACAGGAUCUUCAAUAGACGCUCCAUCCGCUCCCGUUCCGUGGGCCUCACAGGUGACUCUCACAGCCAGAAUAUUCUGCCAGUGUCAGAAUGAAGGACUACUCUCCUGCCGGGGAGUUCAGGAUGAGGUAGACAGAGCAAAGGGAGGUGGGGACUCCUGGAUGGACAUGAACUGCCACCAUUGUCUGGUGACUGCAGUGUUGCUGAUGUCUGAACAAGUUCUGGGGCCUGCGUCUCGGCUCUUCCAGGGUAGAUAUCAGACUGUCCCAUCACCAAAGGAUGGCCAUGGGUCAUGUCCUGACUUUUCUUCUUGGGAGUGUGUUUUGAGCAUUUAGACUCACCAAAGGCCUCCCAGAGGAUGGUAGGCUAGUCACUGUCGAGGACACUGAGUGCUGGUGGCAGGUGUAGGGCAUGACGCUCACCUGUUUGCUAACCACUGGUCAUGGGGCUCCAUGCUCCAAGGGACAUUUCAGUGAUGCUGAAAGUGAGGCUGUCUGUGGCCAUCUGGCCCCAGAUCUAAUAUGGCAUAUCUUUUCCACUUGGUAGUGGUGGCUGCUGUAACCCAAAUAUUAUCUAGCUGGUGCCAACUACAUUGUGCUCAGCUGACACCCUUGGGCUCUGCACUCAAUGGGGAAGUGUUUAAACAACCAGUUUGCUGCCUACCAGUUGUCUUAGGAAUGAUAAAUUGGAUUCAACUUUUGUCCCUCUUCCAUCAAACAAACUGAUGUUUGCGUGUAUUGACAAUCGUAGCAUGAAAGUGGUCUCAAUAGACAGGUAAUAGAUAAUGUUAGAGUCUCUGAAAUCUGAGAAGGAAGUCACCUUCUUCUGAUUUGCAUGCCAUAGCUAUGCGAGCCCGGUAAAGCAGGAAGGAGGUGUCCGGUCUGUCCUAUCUCCCCAUCUGAGAUCUGAGUCGGUAGGAAGGACUCCCUCUUGUCUUAGACGUCUUGCCCAUCACAUCCUGUGAGGGGGAUGCACAGGAGCUGACAUAACAGAGAUGCAGUCUUAGUUUUCAGAUACUGGGUACCAUUAUCCUCGUGGUUCAUUACCCUCAUUCUGUAACUCUGUCCCGAGAAAGCGGGGGUUGUCCAAGGUCACCACAAGAGUGCUUUGUGCCGCUGAUGACAGAGUGCAAUUAGUAUAGGAUGCUGUUUCUAUAAUGUACACGCCAACCCACUGGGAGCCACUGUCUAGGUCUCAUUAAAAACUAAGGACUGGAGAAGUAGCUUAGCCAGCAAAAUGCUCACUGUACAGGCACAAGGACCUGAGUCUGACCCCCAAGAUUCCACACUAAAAGCAAACUGGACAUGGUGGUGUGCACCUGUAAUCCUAGCACCGGAGAAGGGGGCUCCCCAGGGCUCACUGGUCAGCCAAGAUUUUGCUGAACUGGUGAGCUACAGGCCAGUGACAGAUCUCAAAAAAAAAAAAAGAAAAGAAAGAAAGAAAGAAAGAAAGAAAGAAAGAAAGAAGGAAGGAAGGAAGGAAGGAAGGAAGGAAGGAAGGAAGGAAGGAAGGAAGGAAGAAGAAAGAAAACAACAAAGUAGAUGGUGGCUGAGAAGCAACAACUGAGAUUGACCUCUAGUCCCCACAUGCCUGCACACACACACACACACGCACACGCACACGCACACGCACACGCACACGCACACGCACGCACACACACACCAUGGGGUCCAUGCCUUCUUCCCAUCUCAUCCUUUCAGACUGACUUGAGAAUGCUCAGAGCAGUUGUUUCUCAGCCCUGUAGGAGACCCCUCUGGGUGGAAAGGGUGGAGAGCCAUCAGGUCAGAAGGAUCUUUCUUUCCUUAUAGCUCCACACAUCCUAGUCUCAGAAGUACAGAGGGAACUACCCACCAGGGACCAGCCCAAAGAAUGUUGCUCUUCCCUGCCAGGCAGCCCCAGUAGUUAAAGGCAGAGGAAAUGUCUGCUUGUCUAUUUGAAAAGAUGGACUAUCAUUAACUCUUGGCAACUCAUUUAGAAAACAGCUCCAUCAGGCUUAGUGUUGUCAGGCUUCCUAGUUUCCAUGGAGAUAGUUGUAACAUCUAAGGAGGCUUUAAUAUCUUCCCAUUGCUGGGAGAGGUAUGCUCACACCUGCCUUGGUAGAGAAAAAGAACCUGGGGUCUAGAGGGGACUCUUCUGGACACUUGUUUGGACUUUGUACCCAUCUCUCUGCAGCCAAUCUUACGGGGGAGUUGGUGAGGUACACCCCCUCCCUCCUGUGAUGAGGGAUGUCACACAGGAAGCUUGAAAUUAGCCAUGAUGGAAGUUUUUAUACACUCAGAAUAACUAAGUGUUGUAAAUCAGGCCUUACCCCCCCAAGCUGGUUGUCUCCCAUCUACCAGCACAACACUGCCACAUGUUUGUUUCUGGAACAAAACUGUCCUGGUUCGAGUCCAUUCAGUCCUAUCUAGUUCAAAUUACAACAGUCACUUCUGUAGCUUUCCUAGCAAAGAGCAGCUGUAUCUACCCUCUGUUGUCCCAACACUCAAAGUGCUAGGGAAGUUCAAAUCAAGCAGGGAACCAAGACAGCAUGCACAAAAUAAUCUCCUCCCUUUUCACCCAAAUCCCCCUGAAGCUGGGCAAGACAGGGAUGGUGACCCAGAGGGUGAGGUCAGUAGACAAACAAAGGCAGGUUGGGGCUUCAUCGUCUCCCAUAUGGGUUUGGAGGGAGAGUAACCCUACAAAUCCUUUCUCUGCUUACUCUGUGUAGGCAACAUAUUGCACCCUGAGUUGCGACGAGAUCUCUUUGUCCCUUCCCUAGCUAAGAAGCAGGAACUGCCACCCACGACACCACUUCUCCGGAAGGCUGCAUGCCGUAAUUUUCACUAUGCCUCUGAAACUGCUUACCAUCUAAUAAAACCCGUUACCUUGGCAUCGUGCCACUGACAAGAACCCCAGAUAAGCCCAUUGAUGGAGAGUUUUCAUUAUCACUUAGACACAGGCUUGAAAACCCCAAGGGAAGCGCGAAGGAAGCGGCUCCAUUGGCAAUGGGCACCAGCCAGUGCCGCGGCAGUUGCCUUCCCAUAAGCAUCUAGUGUCAGUCUGCACAUCUCUGAAACACCCCCCCAGACCCCCCCACCCCCCACCCCACCAUGGUCACUGCUCCCAUUUGAACAAUCUACCUCCUUCUGGCAAUCAAAUUCACCAAACAACGUGUAGUUUUCUCAGGCAUGAGGUAUAUAAAACAAGACUCUGUCCCCCAGGGUGAAAGGUCUCCAUGACUUGCUUGGCUCCCACUGGUUUCCAGAGUCACAUUCACUGCGCUUGCACGUGAGGGCCACUGGGCAGGUGAAACCAUUUUGUGAAGUUUGGUAGUGAUGCCGAUAGAGAGGCCUCUUCCAGAUUCCAAAUCCACUCCGUGGGCUCAGUUCUGGUCUCGCACACACACUGCUUUCCUUUUGUAAUCUCUGUGCUCCAAUCUGCAUUCUCUUGCACCCCUCCUUAGAGGUCAGGGUCUCAGAAACGUGGGGCCUUUGGGCAUACAGGAUGCUUGCUGAACGGUACGCCUUUGAUGUCUGGGUGUCUGGCUAGCUCACCUCCCAUAGACAUUCAACUAGGAGACAAGCAUGGCUUGGUGACCUCCUUGGCUUUUUUUUCUAUUAUAUUUUCUUCCAGGGCUCAGCUCAGGCCCCCAUCAAUCUGAGCAAUAAACCUUUCGCCUUGUGUUUGUGAGAUUUUUUUUUCAUGUGUCUCUCUCCUUGAAAGAAGGUAGACAGAAUCGGGCCAAGCCUGUGUCCUGGCUGUCACUCCCUCCCAGGCUUAGAUGCAGGUAGUCAUCUGUGCUUGGCUGUGAUGUGGUUGCUGGAUGAACCUGAAGGCUGUGUGUUGUCAGGAUUUGACCUUAACACAGGCUUAAGUAAGUUGCCUGAUUUUCCUAGAAUAUCCUAUAAGGUGUCAGAAAGUGCACGGAUCAGCUCAUAUCAUCCAGCCCAUGAACACCAUGGGGAAAGAUCUGGAGACUGUGAGGUUCCCAUUGCCUUCCUGAGAAUCUGAGGGUCUGAAUGGAGACAGUGGCUAUUAAACAUCCCGAUCCCCAAGUGUCACCAAAGGAGGUGCUUCCAUAUGAACUCCUGAGUUCCCCCUUCAGAGGUGAAUUCAGGCAAGCUGGCAUGACUUGGGAGUCUAUGAUCCAUAUAUUGGGAUCCAGGCAGCUGACUCAGGUGAUCUUUCAACUCUGUCCCAGCAGUGAUAGCCCCUCUGCAGAGACACUACAGGAUUAGUGUUUUAGGUGUCGAGGACUCCUUGUCAACUUGCACUUUCAAGAAACUUUGGUCUAUCAUCUUCAUGAGCAUCAGUGGCCUACAGCAUUCCCCAAGACCCAAGUGAGGCUUCUCAUUCCCUGACUCGUCAGGACUCACAUGGAGAUGAUGUGUAGAGCCUUGGGUGGGGAGAGGGGGAAGAGCUCGGCAUCUCCAGUUUGUUCCUACAGGUUUAGUGGAGGAAUUUGUGUGUGGGGAGCCUGCCUUGUAAGUUCCUUACCUCCUCUGCCAGCUCCCACUUCCACCCAAACUUUUCCUCCCAUCUUCAGAAGCUCCUGUGGAGUUAAAGGCCUCCUGAGCUCCUUCCCCAAGCACAGAGUGAAGCGAAGGAGCUGAACACUUGGGGCAGUCAGCUUCCCAGAAGGGAGGAGCCAUUGAGGAAUGGAGCUGUCAAAUUUCAGUGAUCCUGCAUAUAGAGAGGACACAGCUGGAGCUUAAGGUAGUGUCUAUCAGCCUGACCAAGACACCAGAAGUUAGGGACUACUCAGUGCUAGAGGUCCAAAGAAUGGGCUCCUGCAAUGGCAUGCGGAAUGGCUGGUGGUAAAACUGGAUCUGACCAAGAGCUGUGGGAGUUCUCACCUCUCACCCCGUAGUUCCGUAAGCCCGAGUCUCCUCUGCCAGGUCCCUGGAGGAGAUGAGUGUCUAUGUGGGCCUAGGUAAGGGGUGUUGCUCAGCACUGUUUACAGGAGGCCCUAGAAGACCUUGCAGAGGCAGUGGGCAGUGGGCCAGAGCUGCUGCUGCAGCAUGGGGUGAGAUGUAGGAGAUGUGGACCAGCCUGGUAAAGGUCCAGUAGGGCGGGGCUUAGUGUACAUUCAGAAACCCUGUCCAGGGGCUGUUCAGAAGUGGGCAGUACCUCCCGAGACACAGUGAAUGCCAUCUGUGGCCAACAAGGUGGUUCUUCUUGAAGUCAUAACAAAAUUAGAAAAAAAAAAAAAGAUGAUAGGAAGAAAAAUCCACAGAUAUUUAGCUAUCCAAAAAGAGAAGAAUGAAAAAGCAGGAGGGAAGAAAGGAAGAAAGGGAAAGGAAGGAGGGAGAGGGGAAAGAGAAAGGAACUGAAUUCAUUUGGAGGGAAUUGACACUUACUCGUUUUAAUUAAAUAUUUUAUUUACUUAUUCACUUGCCACCUAGCCCUUCCCUCCAAUUCUUUCCACCCCUCUCCCGACACAGUUUCUCCCUCCCAACUUCAUGUACUCUUCUUUUUUAACCACUGAGUUCAAAUGGUGUUGCCGGUGUGUGUGUGUGUGUGGUGGGGGGAGGGGGUUAGAGGGCUGUCUACCAGAGCAUGGCCGAUCUUCCCAGGGCCAGACCCCAGAAGAAAACUGUUACCCCUCCAGCAGCCACCACUGCCAAUAGCUUCUCAGCCCGAGAGUGGGGCUUUGUAACCGCCUCCCUCAUCCACGCUGGGAUUUCGACUGGCUUUAUCGCAUGCAGGUGAAUGCAGCCACAGCCACUGGGAGUUCAUGUGUACAAUGGGUCACUGUCAUAUCCAGAAGACAUCUGUUUGCUGCCGUCCUCCCAACCUCUGUCUCUGACCAUCUUUCUACUCCCUCUUCAAGGAUGGUCCCUGAGCCUUGGUGGAGGAGGUAUCACAUAGAUGUCUUAUUUAGCACUGAGUACGCUAUGAGUCUCUUACAUUCUGGAGUUCGACCAGUUGUGGGUCUCUGUAUUAAACUAUAUUUACUGCAAAAAUAAACUUCUCUGAGGGUUGAAAACUGCCCAAUCUAAAGGCACAGAAAAGUGAGAUCCUAGAGACCAAUGUUGAGUUUCUUUCCUUUUCUUUUUUUUUUUAAUUUUAUUUAUUUAUUUAUUUAUUUAUUUAUUUAUUUAUUUAUUUAUUUAUGUGUGUGUGACACAGAUAUCCUAUUUGUGACUGUGCACUCUCUGGUCAUUUAUUCUCCGCACUUUGGCCAGUUCUGAGUUUCUCCACUAACCACCGUCCCCCUGCAUAAGGAAACUUCUCUGAUGGGGUCUGCAAGCUGCACUAAUCUGUGAGCAGAAAGAUACACAUUAAGAGGGCAGUUGAAUGCUGUUUCCAUUUAUCAAAAUAACAGUAUAAAUCUACAAAAUACCACUUUCUCACACACACAACCCUGGAGCCUGUAAACUCCCCAACCGUGACUUCUCGGCCAGAUUUGCAGAACCAGGCCUGUGUUUCCUCCCGUGUAGUCGGCCUUAAAUCCAACCAGAAAACGAUUAGCUACCCCGUAACAUUUGUGAUACUGUUGUACUCAUGGGAAAAAUCUUGCCAUGUUGGUCUUUUAUCAUAGUUAUCAGGGCUCACAGAUGGCUAAGACUGUUGAUGACAUUCCCCAGGAGUCUGCCAUAGCACCUUCUAGUAUAUGAGAGCUAGCCAACAAAGGAAGAAGCUUCUUGGUCAGUAUUGAUUUUACCAUGUCCUGGGACUAAUGUGUGUAGCAUUUUCAGCAAUAAGGUCAUGUCAUCAAGUUCUGGUAUGCAACCAAGCCAACAUUCAUUCUUAAUGACAGCGUUCAUUCCUCUGUUUAAUAAUUUAUUUACUCGCUUACUUACUUAUUUGCUUAUUUUUAAGACAGGUUGUCCCACCUGGCCUUGAACUCACCGUAUAGUCUACACUGGCCUCAAACUUGUGGCAUAUCUUACAGUGAUUAGCAAUCCCCCUGCCUCAGCCUCCUGGGUGCUGAUAUUGCAGGCAUGAGCUAUCACACAGCUACAAUUGAGCCCCAAGGCACAUUCUCUUUGAGCACCUCCUCUGAUGAUAUCCUAAGUGGGGACAAAUGUGUGUCUUCAUUUUCUCUAGGGGAGUGUGACACAAUUAACAUCCCCACAGGCCGAGGCAUACUGCUACCAAUCCCCAGGGGCAAAUGGAAGAGUUAACCCAGCAUGGUGUACAGUGACAACAGUCAUGGUCCAAGGGUUGUCCUCACACUUAUUAGGCAUUCCACACCCUCACCUUCCUUUGCAGGGCAAUGAACAGUUCCUUCUUGCAAUGUGUCAUGUAAAUACAUACUUCACAUUUAAAAGUCAGAUGUGAAUCAAACCAAUAGCAGCAGAGCUCUGUUUUAUCAUGCACACCAAUAUAUAAGGAUUUUUUUUAAACAAUUGAUAUUUUAGAGUCAAAGACCUAUGUGUACCCCUAGGAUGUGUAUGCUCUUAGGAACACUGAGACAUGGUAUUUCCCAGGUCCCUUCACAUGUGCCCAGUAAGUCUACAUAGUCACCAUUAUACUUACUCCCUAGUAUGGAAGCAGAGAUCAUGACGUGAUGGUUUCAAGGAGCCUAGAAUCUCUGUUUGGAUACAGGUAGUCUCAGGCUUCAGCGACACUCCAAAACACCCAAAGAGAAUGGGUUUGGGAUAGAAAGCAUCAGAGGCCAUCACAAUGACAUUCCUGCAAUGUGUCCGGGUGACUGGAACCAGAUCAUAGUAAUUGCUCAGGCUGGCUAAAAUCCCCAACAUCCAAUCCCCCGAUGCCCAACCUCCCAUUGCCUUUCUUCAGCUCCUCUGUUGCCAAACCUUUCCUUGAAUUAUUAAUAGUAACCAACCCGCCUUGCUUGAGAAAGCUUCGAAUGCCAAGUUUCCUUGCUAACUGAAAUGAUUCCAAACCUCAACAAUCCUGUUUCACAAGAAAUGUGUAAACACAAUUUCUUCUGGCACAUAGGGGCAUUCAUGGGAUCUGGUGUCCCGCCAACCCCAUCAGGGUCUCCUGCAGGAAACCCCAUUGCUCUGAGUUGCAAACAGCAAGUCAAAAGGGUGCCUUGCCUUGCCCCCCACCUCCUGGGGCAGUUAACUCGAUGUUGACUGGAUCGAGUUCUUUUCUUAGGCACCUCUGGGAGAAGGACUUGAAAUCUUGCAUCUGAAUGUGUGGGCUUCUCAUUUGGUGAGGACGCUCUUGGGUAGAUAUAACUCUCCCUCUGGUGUUGUAUCCUGUGUAGUGGAUGAGACUAGACACUAUCAGCCAUGUUCAUCUUUCCUCCCCAACAAAGCACAGUAGAUUUUUCUUGCCCAGUAUCCGGUAGAAGAAGCAUCACUUCCUGCAGAUGAGAGGGGAGCUGGUGGAAGGCCAGUGCUAGUGUGCCAUCCUGGAGGCUCCUGGGCACCAGGGCACCAAUGGCCAGUGCUUUACACACCUGUGUUUUCAUGCAUUUCAUUUGUUUGGGCUAUCUGCAAAGGCAGCUGAGGAGGCUUGUGUCAUCCAUAGCUUGAGGCAUCCAGAAAGUCACCAGUAGAUGACAUACUGGUCCUCACAGCUGGGCAGUGUCAAGUGCAUCCAGCAAGGCUAAGGCUGGAAUUCUACCAGGAAAUGCAUUUUAUGUCUUAACAUUUCAAGAAAAGUUCUGAAAACUAAAAUUUGGGGAAAAUAAAAAGCUAUUUCUGGCAGCGCCUGAUUGGUUUCUACAGUGUUGCAGUCCUCCCCAGGAGAGUCUUAGGAAAAUGGAGGCAGACACUUGUGUUUGCAGGGUCAACGCUCCACCCACCAGUGUGCACGCCCGUAAGUGAGUACUACAUAUGGUGGAAGUCCAGCACCAACAGCCGAACACUGAGCACCUGAAGAAGCAAAAGUUUAGUGUCAUACUUACGUCAUUUGUAGUUUUUAACUUUGCUUUCUAGUUUAAUGAACGAAACCGUGGUUCCAUUUAUCCUUAAGUAAAGUAUCACUACUCUGUCUCCCAACGUGGCAACAUUUACCUUCCCCGCGACUCACCUGCCAACAGCUGUAUUCUGCUGAAAUGGGACUCGAGAGAUUUGAAUCCAAGGCCAAUGCUGCCUGCUCUGUUUACAAUGGCUUGUGUUCUGUGAAUAUAUAUCAAAUGUUGUAAUAUAUUUUUAUGAUAGAAUUGAUGGUUAAUACAAGGGAAAUUAUAUAUAUUGUGAUUCUGUCCAAUAAAGAUUCCUGUUAUAAAA